AUGCCUCGGAACCAUCAUUCUAGAAGGCCAAACCGAGCCAAUUCUUCACCAACUUUUGACAGGACCGGAUGGAGCCAGUCAACGCCAGCCCACGUAUCAACUCGCACGGAAUGUGUCGAUAGAUUCGACCCCUUCUUUGCAGACCGAUUGGCUUCGCUUUGCGCAGAAUGCAACUUCGAUGGAUACCUCGUCAACAUCGAAAUCCCCGCCAUUUCGCCCGCGCUGGUUCGCUUGCUCAUCGACUUUCUAAAAGAACUUCGAGCCAAACUGAAGUCGAUUUCGGAGUUUCAUCAGGUGAUUUGGUACGAUAGCAUCGAUAACCGCGGUUAUCUCAAUUACCAGAAUAAACUGAAUGCCCAAAAUAAGCCCUAUUUCGACGUGGUUGACGGAAUUUUCCUCAAUUAUUGGUGGAAACCGGACGACCUCGUGUUGACCCGGCGAACCGCGGGGAGCAGAGCGUGCGACGUGUAUGUCGGAGUGGACGUUUGGGGCCGCGGAACGAAUUCCGGCGGGGGUUACAACACGAUUACGGACGUGGCGUUGAUUGCCCGCCAAGGUAUGGUUUCCACGUUUCCCCGAUUGGUAGGGCUGUCGUGCGCGCUGUUCGCUCCCGGGUGGAUUUUCGAGCACGAAUUCGACUGCGAAUUCUCCGCGGCCUACGAGCAAAAAGAGCGGGAAUUCUGGAAUUCCACGGUGACGAGCGCGACGGAGGACGGCCAAUUGCUGCUCUCGAAGAGCUCCACGUGCAUAGCGAAUUACGUAGGCAUGCGUCCCGCGGUUCUUGGUAGAGUGGGAAGCGGUCCAACGGGUUCCUGUUUCCCCUUUUCUCCAAUUUCGCGCGGAUGUUCGGCUCCAUGGAAUUCGUGCGCGGAGUUCCAUGGAACUUCGCAGCGUAUUCCCCGCGGUUCUGCAGCAUGCUGCCGCUGCUGGAUGAAACGGCCGACGGAGGGAGCGAAUUGGAGGGAAAAUGGGCGGGAAACGACGGCUAUCAAGGAAACGGCUGUUUGGAGAUCCGCGGUUAUUUGGGAGGGAAGAAGAAGCGGCAGGCGAUUACGCUGUUCCGAUUGGACGAUGCGAUGA